UAUAUGGUUGUUAAGUAUCAUCCAAAAGUUCCAAAUCCCGUUUCGCGUCCAAAUUCAUAUCUUACCUAAUUCCUCUUUCGGUUUACGUGUAAUUUCAAUCAACAAUGGCUUCAGCCAAGGCGAAGGAGCUGGUUUCAUCCAACCCUGUCGUCGUCUUCAGCAAAUCGUAUUGCCCUUUCUGUGUGGACGUUAAGAAGUUGUUGACGGAGCUUAAUUCUUCCUUCAAAGCUAUUGAGCUUGACCUAGAAAAUGAUGGAGGUGAGAUACAGUCAGCAUUGCAUGAGUGGACUGGUCAACGAACUGUGCCAAAUGUGUUUAUUGGCGGAAAACAUAUCGGUGGCUGUGACAGCACUGUUGGCAUGCACAAAGGAGGGAAGCUUGUCCCCCUGCUGACAGAAGCUGGAGCAAUUGCUUCCAAAUCUUCUUAAUAAGUAAAUAAAAUAACUAUCUCAUGGUUAUCUUUAUAAACAGAAUUUAUAUUUAUCAUAAACUUUCUGGAAUUCUGUUUAUGCGUAUUUCAGUAUUUGCUCCUGAACUUAUGGUGUUUCUGUAACUGAUUAAAAAUGUUGCGUUUCAAUAUCAAGUACUGUUUUCAUGGA